CGCCGGCUGAGCGGAGCGCGCGCCCUGUGCCCGCAGGAUGAGGUGGUGGACCGGUGCGCCGAGGCGCCCGACCCGCCCGAAGCGCCGGCCCAGCAGCUGCCCGAGGGCGACUUCAUCGACGGCCUGCUCGGCCUGCUCGAGGAGGACGCGCUGGCGUCGCGGCUGGCCGAGCUGGAGGACGAGCAGCUGUACGAGGACGCCGACUUCCCGGCCGACGCGUCCUCGCUCAGCUACAGCGACCCCAACGACGAGGCCCUCGCCGACAUCGUGUGGAUGCGCCCGCACGAGCUGGUGGACGAGCCGGCGCUGUUCGUGGACGGCGUGAGCCGCGGGGACGUCAAGCAGGGCGACCUGGGCGACUGCUGGUUCCUCUCCGCCUGCGCCUCCGUCGCUCGCCGCCCGGACCUCAUCGAGCGGGUGGUGUCGCCGGGGCAGCCGCUGUACGGGCCGGGCUACCAAGGCGUGGUGGCGGUGCGGCUGUGGCGCUUCGGCGCCUGGGUCUCCGUGCACGUGGACGACCGCCUGCCCACGCGCGACGGCCGCCUGCUCUACGCCAGCUGCGCCGACCCGCGCGAGUUCUGGGUCGCCUUCAUCGAGAAGGCGUACGCCAAGCUGCACGGGAGCUACGAGGCGCUGGCGGGCGGGCACUCGCUGGAGGCCUUCGUCGACCUCACGGGCGGGCUGGCCGAGAAGCUCAGCCUCAAGGAGCUGCCCUUCCGACAACUGCGCAUCGCCUUCGAGCACGGCGCCUUCGUCACCUGCGCGCGCAGGGGCGACUGGCAGCUGGCGACGCAGCGCGACGAGGCGACGGGGCUGGUGCAGGGCCACGCCUACACCGUGACGGACGUGCGCCGCCUGGAGCCCCGGGAGCCCGACGGCGCCGUGCGCCUGCUGCGCCUGGCUUUUCGCAAGCAUGGCAGAAUGUAUGGUAUUCGCCAGUUCAUUGAAAUUUUCAUUCAUAGUAAUUCUUUCAAGUUUACUGUUGUGAAACUGGAGACAGACAUACUACAAAAACAAUCUGUAAAGACUUCCAAUCAAGAGAGAACUAUAAAGGCAUAUUUUGCUGCCAGUAAAAUGACACCAUUUUAUCAAAGGUCUCCAGGAGUCGCUACUGCUUUGACAUUUAUAAAUGAA